AUGUUUUAUGGUCACUAUUGUGGUGCCUGGUUCGUUAAAAUUAUCGAGCCAACAAUCCCAAUUUUGGCAUUAAUGAAUGCUGUCCAGUUUAUCGAUGUGUUAUAUACUCUCUUUGUUCUUUUUCAUAUUGAAGAAGCAAAAAUUAGACCUUCGUUUACGAUUAAAGAGGAAGUAGUCUAUGCACCAUAG